UGGUCCCCUUCAGCAACUCAAUUUCAGUUUGCACAACAAACUGGGAUUCUGUUAGGUGGCACAGUUGUGCAGUUUUAAUCAUGGGAUAUAGAAGUUUAUUGUUCUUUGUUUUGAUUGGCUAAAAUCGCCUGGCAAACAGAGAGAAUCAAAAAGCAGGUUAAUCUAUUUAAAAGAAACUUAUAAACGUUUUGUCAACUUAUAGCAGAUGAAUGGACCACAAGUAAUGUAUACCACACGAAUCAGGAGUGGUGAGGACCCGAAGUUCUAUCAGAAAUGUCUGUGAGGGAGUCUUUUAACCCCGAAAGCUAUGAGCUGGACAAGAACUUCAGGCUCACACGCUUUGCUGAGCUGAAGGGGACAGGCUGCAAGGUCCCUCAAGAUGUUUUACAGAAGCUGCUCGAGACCUUACAGGAGAACCACUAUCAAGAGGAUGAACAGUUCCUGGGGGCAGUUAUGCCUCGAUUAGGCAUAGGCAUGGACACAUGUGUUAUCCCUCUCAGACAUGGUGGACUUUCUCUCGUUCAGACAACAGAUUACAUCUAUCCUAUUGUUGACGACCCCUACAUGAUGGGAAGAAUUGCUUGUGCCAAUGUUCUAAGUGACCUGUAUGCCAUGGGAGUGACAGAGUGUGACAACAUGUUGAUGCUUCUGGGAGUCAGCAACAAGAUGUCAGAAAAAGAAAGGGACAAAGUCAUGCCACUGAUCAUUCAGGGAUUCAAGGAUGCUUCAGAGGAGGCCGGCACAUCUGUCACAGGGGGACAAACUGUGGUCAACCCCUGGGUGGUGAUGGGAGGAGUUGCUACAACAGUGUGUCAGCCCAAUGAGUUUAUCAUGCCAGAUAACGCAGUGCCAGGGGACGUGUUGGUGUUGACCAAACCAUUAGGGACGCAAGUGGCCGUCGCAGUACACCAGUGGCUAGAUAUUCCCGAGAAGUGGAACAAGAUCAAGCUGGUGGUAACCCAGGAAGACGUAGAGCUGGCCUACCAUGAAGCUAUGCUGAACAUGGCCCGGCUAAACCGUACAGCUGCUGGUCUCAUGCACACCUUCAACGCACACGCAGCCACUGACAUCACAGGGUUCGGCAUCCUCGGCCACGCUCAGACACUGGCACGACAGCAGCGGAGCGAGGUCUCAUUUGUCAUCCACAACCUCCCAGUGCUCGCCAAGAUGGCCGCCGUGUCCAAGGCCUGCGGGAACAUGUUUGGGCUCAUGCAUGGCACCUGCCCCGAAACAUCAGGAGGGCUGCUGAUCUGUUUGCCCCGGGAGCAGGCUGCCCGCUUCUGCGCCGAGAUCAAAUCUCCGAAAUACGGAGAGGGGCACCAAGCUUGGAUCAUUGGGAUCGUAGAGAAAGGAAACCGCACCGCCCGCAUCAUCGACAAGCCACGAAUCAUCGAGGUGGCACCACAAGCAGCCACACAAAAUGUCAACCCGACGCCCGGCACAACCUCUUAAUCCUCGACACGUUGCCUCAUAGACCUGAACCCCCAAAACCUCUGUUGAGAGUUUUUUUUUAAACCUAUAAACUACAAAAACCAUUGUAGAGUGUUGACAAAUUUACACAAGAUAGUAAAAAUAAAAAAAAACACAACAAAGACGGGGUUGGCGUGCAUCAUCGUGGAAACAGCCCCACACAGUGGCCUCUCAAGAGUAUGUUGCCACCCAGUGGACUCGAGCUCCAGCUUCCCCAUGAAAAGAAAUUGGCAAGAACUAGAGGAUACUCAUAAUCCAUUUGCUAUGUGUGUCUGUAUUGUUAAAUGUGCUUGAUUGGCUGGCAGCCUGUGACAGGAGAGUAAAAAUGAAGACAAUCGGAUGCUGUUGAUUCAUUUUGAAUCUUAGAAAUUCUGGAGUCCGUUGCCUCUUUUGUCUUUCUUAACACUGCUUUCAUCAAACAAGCACAUUGCAUUCUGGUGUUUUUUUUUUUUGUUUAGUUUUUUUUUGUUUAUUCGCUUUGUACAGUUUAAAAGCCUAGUUGUAGUUUAUCGUUGUAUCUGAUGCCUCGAAAAACACAGCUUGAUCAGAAUGACUUGUUUUUUUUAUUACUUUGACUUUUGUAUGGUCCCCACAUAAGAUGGUUGAUUUCUGCUACUUGGUAGAUGCACUCAUGCGAUUGAAAUAAAUCAAGCUGUUUGAGUUCUGCUUUUUCCAUGUUAUAGAUUAUUUUUUUAAGACAUUGAGAGGGAAUUCUUUUCCUAUGUAGCAUCAUAUUUACAUAAUUAUGAUGCAGUUUUCCAUUGUAAAUUUAAAAAGUCCUUCAAGCAGAUGAGUGUCUUGAAUCAUCCAUUAAGUGAACUCUAACGGUUUAUUUUUGGCAUUUGGUGCAUGGUACAUUGAUGAUGCCAGGUGAUGUGCUAAAAGCAAACUGACAAUGAAGCCUCCAGCUGGUUGAAGUUUUUUCUUUUCCUGAUAGAUGGAAAGAAUCUAGAUGACAUUGGAAAAUGUUAGAAACAAGAUGUAAUCGAUAUCCCACCUCUUACAAUAAAAAUGUUUUUAAACUUUG